AUGCCAGCUUGUGCUUUUGGUCUUCAAAGGCUGAUCCUCACUGAAGACUCUGGCGUCUGUCUGCAUCUGAUGUCAUUGAGAGUCAGGCUUAGUUUGUUCAUAAACUGCAGUUCCUGGGCGGACCCCACACACAGCUGGGUUAGCGGCUGGAUCCGCCUUCCCGGCAAGCCUCGCCGGGAGCCUCGCAAACUCGGGGCUCGGGGCUUGACAGCAGAAGCGCAAGAGACUGGCUGCACCAGGGAAGAUGAAUUGGUCAACGCCGUGAAGCCGGGCUUCUGGUCACUGGCAGUCCAGAAAAUGGGUUACCGGAGGAGACCGGGUCUGCUUUCCUUACUGCUGCUCUCCUUCUCCUGCUGUGCCGGCGCCCGCCGCAGCCUGAAGACCAACCUCUGCAAGUGGUGCGACUCCACACUGCCAGCCUGCGAGGAGAAGGUGUGCUACAGCAACUGCAACCUCAACUCCUACUGCGAGGACCCCUACGAGAUCUGUGUGGCCAUAUGGAGACAGGACAACGAGAGCAUCAGGAUCAGCACGCUCUGCCACAAUCCCCACCGCCCCAUCGAAAACCUCAUGGUCCCCAACUACAACACCUCACGCUGCAUCAUGAGCCAUCAGCCCAGCGAAGAUGGGAUCAUCUACAUCUGCGGCUGCGUGGACGAGCAGGAGUGCAAUGAUAAACUUAUCUUUGAAAACCACACCAACGAUGGGGUUUGUGCGCAGCGUGCAUUGCAGCCCUGCAAAGGGCUGCGCUUCAUUAACGGCUUCGCAUAUUUUCCUCCUCCGCGUGAUGAAAAUGAGCUGUUGCAGACCCGCGGCGGCAGCGCUCUCGCCUUUGCUUUCCUCCCCGCAGGCUACUCCAUGCUGCAGAGCAAAGAGGUCAUCCCGGUGGCCGCCAUCAGCCUCCUGCCCCCGCUGCUGGUGGCGGUGAUGAUCACGGUGAUAUUUUACCUCUGCCGCACGCAGAAGCGGCGCAAGAGAGCCAAGGCGUGGGGUGGGAAACCGGGACAGCCCCCGGCGUUGUCAGAGCCAGGGAGGUCUGCCGAGCAGGAGGAGAAGUUGUCCGUGCUGAUGGACGAGAGCCCAGCCGGCGCCAGCCCCACCUGCGCCAGCAGCCGCCCCACUGAGCUGCUUCCCAUCGAGCUGGACGAGAUGGUGGGCAAAGGGCAGUUUGCGGAGGUGUGGAGGGCCAAGCUGAGCCACAGCCGCUCGGGGCAGUAUGAGACGGUGGCCGUGAAGAUCUUCCCUUGCGAGGAAUACUCCUCCUGGAAGAAUGAGAGCCAGAUCUUCACUGACGCCAGCCUGAAGCACGACAGCGUCCUGCGGUUCCUCACUGCAGAGGACCGGGGCGCGGGGCCCCGCCGGGAGUACUGGCUCAUCACCGCCUACCACAGCCGGGGCAACCUCAAGGACUACCUCUCCCGCCACGUCCUGAGCUGGAUGGACCUGCAGAAGAUGGCGGGCUCCCUGGUGAGCGGGGUGGCCCACCUCCACAGCGACUACACUGCCUGCGGCAGGCCGAAAAUCCCCAUCGCCCACCGGGACAUCAAAAGCACCAACGUCCUGGUGAAGAACGAGCAGGAGUGCGUGCUCUGCGACUUCGGCAUCGCCAUACGCCUCGACCCUUCCCUGACAGUGGACGACUUUGCCAACAGCGGGCAGGUGGGCACCGCCAGGUACAUGGCCCCAGAGGUCCUGGAGUCCAGGGUGAACCUGGAAGACCUAGAGUCUUUCAAGCAGAUGGACGUCUACUCCAUGGCCCUCGUUUUGUGGGAAAUGGCCUCCAGAUGUGAAGUGGUAGGAGAAGUAAAGAAUUAUGAGUUGCCUUUUGGGUCAAAAGUCCAGGAGCAGCCCUGCGUGGACACCAUGAGGGACAUCGUGCUACAUGGCAGAGGGCGACCCGAGAUCCCGAGCAGCUGGCUGGUGCAUCAGGGAAUGCGUUUUCUGUGUGACACCAUCACGGAGUGCUGGGACCACGACCCCGAGGCUCGCCUCACCGCCCACUGCGUGGCCGAGCGCUUCAACCUGAUGGCACAGAUGGAUUGCGACGACAUCCUCAACAACAACACGGACAACGAGGCCAGUAAAACAGCUUCUCCAGGCGGGGAGCACCAGGACAGUGAUGGGAGCAGAAAUAUGCAGUGACACAGCAGGCAAAGAGUCUCAUCAUGAGAAAUGAGAAGAUAAGCAAGAAGCGUUUAGCUCAUGGGGAAACCCCCUUGCUUUGUUUUACAAAAAUGGA